ACAUCCGACUCCCACAAUUCCUGAGCAAUUGAUUCAGCCCUCUAAGGACAAUUGAGGUGUGGUCGGUGCUUGAAUGUAUCAGUAGAUGAACGUUUUUACUUAGUUGAAACCGGUAAAUUACAUACGGUAUAAGAUUUUGAUGUUAGAGACAUGGCUGCUAUAAGAAAGAAGCUGGUCAUUGUAGGAGAUGGUGCCUGUGGUAAAACAUGUCUCCUGAUUGUGUUCAGCAAGGACCAGUUCCCUGAAGUCUAUGUGCCAACAGUAUUUGAAAAUUAUGUAGCAGAUAUAGAAGUAGAUGGAAAACAGGUAGAGUUGGCCCUAUGGGAUACGGCAGGUCAGGAAGAUUACGACCGACUACGACCUCUGUCUUAUCCUGAUACAGACGUCAUCCUUAUGUGUUUCUCCAUCGACAGCCCAGACAGUUUAGAGAAUAUUCCAGAAAAAUGGACUCCAGAAGUGAAACACUUCUGCCCCAAUGUUCCUAUUAUUCUUGUGGGGAACAAAAAAGACACUAGAAAUGAUGAAAACACAAAGAGGGAGCUACGUAAAAUGAAACAAGAACCGGUAAAGGCAUCAGAAGGGCAGUCAGCGGCAGAUACCAUUCACGCCAAGGCCUACAUGGAGUGUUCAGCCAAGACAAAAGAAGGGGUACGAGAAGUGUUUGAGACCGCCACAGCUGCUGCCCUUCAAGUUGAACUAGCCCUUUGGGAUACUGCUGGCCAGGAAGACUACGACAGAUUACGUCCCCUGUCCUACCCAGACACUGACGUCAUUCUCAUGUGCUUUUCCAUAGACAGCCCCGACAGUUUGGAGAACAUCCCAGAAAAAUGGACACCUGAAGUGAAGCACUUUUGUCCAAGUGUUCCGAUAAUUCUUGUAGGAAAUAAAAAAGAUCUAAGAAAUGACGACCAGACCAAACGAGAGCUAAUGAAGAUGAAACAAGAACCUGUCCGCCCAGAAGAAGGAAGAGCCACCUCCGAAAAAAUCAAUGCAUUUGGAUACCUGGAAUGCUCGGCUAAAACCAAAGAGGGGGUGCGGGGAGUAUUUGAAACAGCCACCAGAGCAGCUCUUCAAACGAAGAAAAAGAAGCGUGGUGGCUGUGUGCUGCUAUAACAACUCAGUAAUUAUAUGUUAUGCUUGGUAGUGAACAUGUUAUUGAAUGAUGAUGUACAGACAUUCAACAAGCUUCAUCUAAACUGUAUGCUGGGCAUAACAGUGUCACUAUAUGUAUAAUUCUAAUCUUCUUGAAAGGCUACCACGUCAUCCUAUAUAUACCUGUACUGUAAUGGUCAGAUGGAGGCUGAGUCAUGUGUUUAUCAUGUUACUUGACUUCUGUACAGAUGGGCGGGAUUCACAGGUUAUUGUCAUAUAUUGGUGAUAUUUUAAUAGGUUUUUUUUCAUUCUUUGGAAAGAAAGUUAUGUCUUAAUUACGUUUGUUGUAUGAUUAGUCAAAAUUGUUUAUUUAUUUUUCAAAACAUUAAGAAAUGAUUAGGUAUGGAAUUUAAAUGAAUGCCCAUUGAUUCAAAAUGAUACAUAUUUGUACUUCUCUGCAUGAUACGUUUUUGAACACGUUUUUUAAUUGGAAUUGUUUCAUUAAACCUCGGGUCACUCAACACUUGCAGAUUAAAGGUCCACUCCGGGUGACCCCAUCAGGAAUCGGCCAAAUUAGUGUUCUCUAGUGUCCUUUACUGCCCAGCUGUAUACUGGAAUAUGUAAACAUGCUGAAAUCCUGUCAUAUAUAAGCUUUUAAAUCAGGGAGAACAAUGUUAGAUGUGUGUUGCAGGCUUAGGUCAGGUGUUUCGAGUUCUGACUCUGGAAUAUCGUCCGAUUUGUAUAGUUUUUAGGUGUUGUUUAUGUGUCUACUGUAUUAUAAACGAUUCCACAAUGCUUGUAUUGUGCAGAUGGUCGUUGUUUUCUCUUAAGAACUAAUUUUAUCUAGUUUUCAUUCCAGAUGAGGCAUUUUGGAUAUGAAAAUAAUAUUUAACAUUAUUUUCUAGCAGACCAAAUGACAAGGUUUUGGAUGUUAAUUUCAAGCAUUUGUAACAUAUGAUUUUGAUUUGUAAAUGAACACCAAUUAAAAAAACCCAGAACAGAAUCAGUAAUAGAGCUAGCAUUUAAUGGUCCCAUAUAUACCAGUCAUGUUGGGCUACAGAUCAAACAUUUUGAAAAAUGUUAAAAGGCAUGAACAUACAUGCAUGCAAAUCAAACAUAACCGUUUCACCCCUAUGUAACUUUAGCAGACUCUACCAUGCAUUGAUCUGGAUGAGUCCAUUAUGGUCUUCAGUGGUGAAAGGGUUAAACAGUAUUAUGACAUGUUUAUAAAAAAAAAUAGUGCUUUAUUCACACAAGAAUGAAGGAUUUACCUGCAACAACUUAGGUCAAGCUCUGUUUAGGUAUGCCAUUUACUGGAAGAAGCUCAUGUUUAACACUUUUUUUUGGAACAAGUCCCUGUGUUGAUGUAUUAUGUUUACUGGAACAAGCUCCGGUGUAUACGUAUACUGUAAACAGGAACAAGCCCCUGUGUUUGAGUUUACUGUUAAUUGGAACAAGCCCCUGUGCAUGUACUAUUUACUUUAUCAAACCUCUGUACACAUUAACUCUUACAGGAAUAAUCUCCUGUGUACACCAAUAACACGAACAAUCCCCUGUGUUUAUGUAUACUGUUUACUAGAACAAGUCCAUGUGUAAGUCCUUUUUAUUUUAUCAACCCCCUGUGUUCAAAAUUACUGGAACAAGCCCAUGUGUUUAUGUAUACUGUUAACUAGAACAAGCUCCUGUGUUCAUGUAUACUGUUAACUGGAACAAGUCCCUGUGCAUGUAUUAAUUAUGUAUUAUUAAGCCUCUGUGUACACAUAAACUAUUUACUGGUAAUAUUAAUAGAAUCGUUAUAUUUUGACUUCUUCCAUUCAAAAAGCACAUGGACUGUAGUUUCUAAUAUUCAUGUUUAUUUCUGACUUUUUGACAUUCACAAAAAUCUUCUGUUUUCAUAUUAUAGACUAACUUGACUUGAAUUUGUUACAUACCUUAUAAAUAUACACUGAUUUGAACAGCAGUGAAACCUUAUUGGCUAGUUUCCAAUAUACAUGUAAUGGAUAGGCACGAAAGAUCUUUAUAAUUUCAAGUUAAAUUUCAUUUCAACAUUGAACUAACUUUAUAUUAUAAAAUGACAUUUUCGUCAACACUCUGUAAAAUGAGGACGAGUAUAAUAUAUACAAAAACUGGUAUGCUCAUAGGUUGUAUGUACCACAUCAAUAUUUUGCUUCAGAUAUUUACACAUGUAAGCACAUUUUAUUUAUCUGUAUUUGCAUUUUUUCUUUGUGUCCAUCUUUUUUGUCUACAGGUCCUGUUGAUCACUUAUAUUUGACGAUAUACUUUCCGUAAAUUAGAUCAAUUAUUUCAUAAACAUGUAUUUUAAAUAUGAUUUAAUAAAUGUUAUUGUCUUCGGAUUCAUAAUACUUGCAAAUUACUUGAUGAGAAACAAAGUCAUUUUUCUUUUUGUGAAAUAUAAGUGAUUUCAGUUCAUGUUAUAGACAGGGAUAAGGUUAUAAAAAUCAUUUAAUCACAAUUAUGUUUAUAUUAAUACAUUACUAGAUGUUAUGACUAUUAUGACUAUCAUUGAAAAUCUUUGCAGCCCAUCUUGGGUAAUAAAAUCCUUGAUAAUAUC